AGCAUUUUUUUAAUUUUUUUUAAACAUGUAUAAAAUACAUAAUUGACCAAAAAUACAUAGUAAUGGCAUCCCUGGCCUUUCGGUAAGGUGUUGGUAUCUCAUUUUCACUUUCCCCCUUCUCUUUCAUUGUAUCGCACCCACUCCCGCCUCCUACCUUUAUGCCCGCUGCUUCGAUCCUCUAUUCUUCACUUUCCAGUUGAUGAAGAUGAAGCUUGCUCCGCCGGAUUCAUUCCAUCGUUGUAUUCUCUUGACGGUCGUUGCUUCGAUCCUCCGUUCUUCACUUUCCAGCCGAUGUAGAUGAAGCUUGCUCCGCCGGAUUCCUUCGAUCGUUGUCUCUCUCAUCGGGCGAUUCGCUUGACGACCUUCAUCUUUGGUCUCCUCCCUUCACGACUUUCACCGCCUGCCGCCUCAACAACCACCAAUCGUUGUCUCUAUUAUCGAUUGAAAUCAUCUCAAGGUAUUGUAAUCAAACCAGCUCACGUUCUUUUCCUCUCCAUCUGCCUCUCAAAUCCAACUAGCAUAACAAAUUUGGUGAAGAAGGAGAUGAAAUUGAUGCUAAUAAAACUGGAUUCCUGUCCGGUCCGGUUUUCAAAACAGUGCCUAAUAUCCUUAUACAUCCACAUUCGCCUCCAUCGGCCAUCGCUGCUUCUGUUGUGGACUCCUGAAGCAAAAAUCGAUAAGGUGCUGUUCCUUCGAACCCACAAUAAAGGGUCCAGAAUGGAUGCCAUUAUAAUAAAAAGAGCGUGA